UACCCAUAAUUGGAACACGGGUUGGUUCGGGUUCUACGGGUUGUGUAAUCCAAAAUCCAAACCCAACCCAAAAGAGGCGGGUUGUACAAAAGAAAACCCUCACCCAACCCAAAACCUUCGAUUUAGCGAUAAAUACUGGUGGGUUGGGUCGGGUUGGACGGGUGGGUCGAUUUGCGGGUGUGUUUGUACACCCCUAGAUGGAGAGAAAGGGAAGUGGCAGCUUUUGCUUUUGAGAAAAAGGUUUUCUUUCCCUAUCCAUGACCACGAGACGAGAACCCAGAGAGAGAUAUUGCAAAAUCGUGUUUGUUUGAAUUGCUGUCGUCUGCUGUGUCCGGAAAUGAGGAAAGAAAGACAAGCUUGCCGCUUUGUGCCCAAAUUGCCAUGGGAGUGGAAUCUUCUUAAUAUUGAUAUCAUAAUCAAUCAACCACAAAGUAAAGCAAAGCUUCCAGCACCAAAGUGUAAGUGGACAGCAAGUUACUUAUAAGUUUUAGUAUUUUGAAAUAGGAGAACAAAACGGUUACAAGAGAGACAAGUGCGCGCAUCGCAAUCUUAAGGUUAUCCGAAUUGGAUUUCGGAGUGAAGUUUUGCUAUGUUUUAUAGUUUGACUUUGACAGAAAAAAGUAAUGGGAAAUUAUCUCUUUUAAGGUUUAGGGUAUGUUUACGUCUUUUGUCAUAAUGUACGUAAUAUUUGAUUAGUUCAUAUUGUUAGACCUGUUGUAAAAUUCGGAUAUGUUCAAAUUGAUCAAUGACAAAGGUACUGCAUUUUUUGAGAUUCCUAGUCUUACGAGUUAAAAGAUCAACUCAUCCUAUAAAACAUGAAUUUUUAUAAUAUGAAUAGCUCUCUAGAUUAACGUUCGAUUCAGACAACGUAGAAACUUGAUCCAUUAUAAUAUAUAUACUAAUCAUUGCUGGUUCUGAAAUAAAUUUUGAUGGAUUAUCAGGUAUCUAGAUAUAACAGUGAAAUCGUGCAUGCAUCGUGAUAGAAAUUACUACAAGUUGAUCAUACUGCACCAUAGAUUCACACAUAUUUUUCUCUUUUCAUAAAGUCUGUCUCUCAUAUGUAUGAACUACUAGAUUCCUUGGUUCCUCCAUACAAUUCAUUUGUGGGAGGGAAAUUUGAAUCUUAUCCCCAAAACCCUCCUUGCUACUUUCCUACUUUAUCGUUUAGGGCUUACGUUACAUCAAUUCUUCUUUUGGCUGAUUAAGAUUUUAUUAGGACCAUUAAUUCAAAACAAAUCACGCGACCUCUUCACAGUAAUUAUUACGUAUGGUAUUGAUUCUGUUUGUUACGUCCAACUGGGGGUCCUUUCAUACGACAAAAAAACACUGCUGCUUUUCUUUGUUUCAGAAUUCUUCCGACACGACUAAACAAACAAACCCCCAAUUAUUUUCCUUAUUUUCUAUUCGGAAAAAUUGGGAUUUCUUUUUCUUUUCUGGCGUGAAAAGCAGCACUGCGUGGGAAGGAAAGCAUAAAGAAGGAAAGAAAGAAAAGAAAAGCAUCAAGCAUGGAUGGAUGCCUCACUCCACCACCACCAACGAAAAAGUAACACCAUGCCCGUUUCAAAGUUGUUCCCUUUUAAUAUCCAGUUGGAAUCAAUCUGAGAUUGUUAGCAGAUAUAUAGAACAACAGUAAGGCAGUUGGUGUGUCCAAAGUCCAUUCCUUUCUUUUCCUCUCUUCAAUGACGGCCGCAGCUGGAAGUAGGAGUAGAGGAGGAAGAAGGAGAGAAGAAAUGGGUGUUAUGGGUUUUGUGGUUUUCUGGUGGGUUUAUGCCGCUACCGCCGCAAAUGGGUUGCUUUCCCCCAAAGGCGUGAACUUUGAAGUACAAGCUUUGAUGGGUAUAAAAGCUUCUUUACAUGAUCCACAUGGGGUUCUUGAUAACUGGGAUGGUGAUGCUGUGGAUCCUUGUAGCUGGACUAUGGUCACUUGUUCGUCAGAGAGCCUCGUCAUUGGCUUGGGAACUCCAAGUCAGGACUUAUCUGGAACUCUUUCUCCAAGCAUUGCCAACUUGACGAAUCUUCAGAUUGUGCUGUUGCAGAACAAUAAUAUCACAGGGCCCAUUCCAGCAGAGAUAGGGAAGCUCUCAAAACUUCACACGCUUGAUCUGUCUAACAAUUUCUUCACCGGGAGUGUUCCUUCUUCUUUAGGCCACUUGAGGAGUCUUCAAUACAUGAGGCUAAACAACAACAGUCUCUCCGGCAAAGUCCCCAUGUCAAUUGGGAACAUGACCAAGCUUGUGUUUCUUGACCUGUCCUACAAUAAUCUGAGUGGCCCCAUACCUACAUUCCCUGCUAAAACCUUCAGCAUUGUUGGCAAUCCACUCAUCUGCCCAACUGGUUCAGAGCCAGAGUGUUUUGGGACGACUCUAAUGCCAAUGUCCAUGAACUUAAACAACACAGAACUUGAUCCCCCUUCCCAAAGACCAAAGAGUCACAAGGUAGCAGUUGCGUUUGGGUCAAGCGUUGGUGCAAUCUCCCUCAUCAUUAUAGUUUUCGGAAUGUUCCUGUGGUGGAGGCAAAGGCUUAAUCCACCAAUGUUUUUCGACAUUGAUGGAAAACAAGAUAGGCUGCAUGAAGAAGUAUCUCUCGGAAACUUAAAGAUGUUUCAGUUUAGAGAACUCCAAAUUGCAACAGGCAACUUCAGCAACAAAAACAUACUUGGGAAAGGAGGGUUCGGCCAUGUAUACAAAGGAACUCUCCACGAUGGGACGAUCGUAGCCGUGAAAAGAUUGAAAGAUGGUAGUGCCGUUGGAGGAGAGAUUCAGUUCCAGACUGAAGUUGAAAUGAUCAGCUUAGCAGUGCACCGAAACCUCCUCAAAUUAUACGGUUUCUGCAUCACACCUUCAGAGAGAUUACUGGUCUAUCCAUACAUGUCCAAUGGCAGCGUUGCUUCUCGUCUCAAAGGGAAACCAGUCUUGGAUUGGAGCACAAGGAAGAGAAUAUCCUUAGGAGCAGCAAGGGGACUGCUAUACCUCCACGAACAAUGUGAUCCGAAGAUAAUCCACAGGGAUGUUAAGGCCGCAAACAUAUUGCUUGAUGACUACUAUGAAGCCGUGGUUGGUGAUUUCGGGUUGGCAAAGUUGCUUGAUCACCAAGAUUCACAUGUGACUACUGCUGUUCGAGGAACUGUUGGCCAUAUUGCACCAGAAUAUCUCUCCACAGGCCAAUCUUCAGACAAAACGGAUGUGUUUGGAUUCGGAAUCUUGCUCCUCGAGCUAAUCACGGGCCAAAGAGCAUUGGAGUUUGGAAAGGCAGCAAACCAGAAAGGAGCCAUGCUCGAUUGGGUAAAGAAGAUUCAUCAUGAGAAGCAGCUAGAAAUGAUGGUGGACAAGGAUUUGAAAGGGAAUUAUGACAGAAUCGAGCUGGAAGAGAUGGUUCAAGUUGCUCUCCUUAGCACACAAUACCUUCCUAGUCAAAGACCGAAAAUGUCUGAAGUAGUCCGAAUGCUGGAAGGAGAUGGACUUGCAGAGAGAUGGGAAGCUUCUCAAAGGGCAGAAGCUACCAAGUCAAAGAAUAAUGAUUUCUCGUCGUCGGAUCGGUAUUCUGAUCUCACUGAUGAUUCUUCAUUGUUGGUACAAGCAAUGGAACUCUCUGGCCCCAGGGAGUACCGGAGAAGACAAAUUGAGAUAUGGAGCGAAUAUGCAGAAGAAUGUGGAUGGUGUUAUUGAAGAUCACCUUUAUGAUGCUAUGGAGGAUCAGUACUUGGGAGAUAAAAUUGCCUGGAGCGA